UUGAGUUGUAUAUGACGUUCGAGACUAUCGAUACCAGGCACGGAAAAAAACAUCAUUCCCUUAUUUACGCCAUAAAAAUCUGCUGGCUUGUGAACUCAAUAAAGCUGUCACGAAGAGCAAUCCGUAGCAUUGUUGCUGAAGUCUUUGAAGUGAAUAGAACUACAUGUGUCGCGUCUCGUCUUUAUUAAUUAAAUAAACUCAAAUUAAUUCAAUUAAGAACGAGUUGUUUUGGAUUAUAACGUAAAAUAAAAACGCUUACGUUUUGCAUUUGAACAGAAAAAAUUCUCUUAUUUCGUAAGAGUAAUAAAGAUUAUAUUAACGUUGUGAUUUUUCAGUUCUGAUUUAAACAGUGGAAGCAAAGAUGGAAGAAAGACAUAUCGACGAUGUUCAAACGUCGACAAUAGACGAACAUUUAGAAUUAUUGUUGAAAGAUGAUAGUAUAAUCAAUCCAAAUCUCACCGAUGCAACACCCAAUGGCCUUCCAAGUUGGUAUGAUGAAAAAUUAUUUAAAGAAGCUCAAAAUUAUUAUAAGCAAAACAUGAUAUCAAUGGUACUAGCUAGCUUUGCCGGACUUCUUGCAAUAAUAGCAGUCCCAGAAACAUUAAGGGUGCUCAGAUACACACGAAGAAGCAGUACGCCUUGUGUAACUUUCAGCAGAUAUACUCAAACUCUUCUGCAUAUUUAUAAGCUGUAUACAUGUGAUCCAAAUGACCCGGAUUCUGACCUAUAUAAGACAAUAAAUGUAAUUCACCGGAAACAUAAGACGAGUAGUAGGAGAUCAGAGAAUGCUGAUGUCGGUGGAAUUUAUCAACGAGACAUGGCAAUUACGCAAUUUGCUUUCAUGGGUUACGUAUUAAUAGCUCCGAAAUCUAUCGGCUUGUGCAUUAAGAAGGAAGAAGAAGAAGCAUUUAAUCAUUUUUGGCGUGUGAUAGGUCACAUGUUGGAAAUUCCCGAUCGAUUAAAUCUAUGUCGCAAGACCGCAAAAGAAACUCGCGAAUUGUGUGAAAAGGUAUCCGAUGUUUUGGCAGCAUAUUUGAAUAAUGCUCCAUCCGAAUUCUAUCACAUAGCAUCAGCCAUAUUAGAUGGAUUGUGGUAUAUUGAUAUAACUUUAGACAAACAUGCUUUUCUAAAAUUUACCUAUCAGCUGCAUGGUAUAGAAUAUAAUCGGCCGCUUGGGUGGUACAGUCAAUUAAAUGCUAAAUAUCGCGCUUUGAUAUUUUACCUUUGUCUUAUACCAUAUGUCGGAGCAAUAGUAAAACUUUAUUACAAAUACGUACUUCUAUUUACAUUGUGGCUUGUGAAGAAAUGGCCCGUAUUAGCAUGGUUAUCACUCGGGAAAAAAAAUUCACAUAUCAUAUUAUAUUAAAAAUACGAUCGUAUAAUUCGUAUAUACAUAUAUAUAAUUUUACUUAUAUACAUUACUCUCUUUUUUUCUUUUUAUAUAGGUAUAGUGCUUACAUAUAACUAUUGUGCUAUGUUUAACGACUUAUACUGUAAUGGCCGUGAAUCAUUCGAUGAUUUCAUUUUUCAUUUGAAAAAUUUGCAUACAGUACUUUACUACGCGCGAAAUUUUUUAUAUUAUUAAAAUCUUGUCAGACAUAUUACUAGAAGAAAAGAUGAUAAUUUAGAUGAUAAAACAACUUACUUUUAUCAUCUAAGUUUGUUUUAAACGCUUUAUCUUAAUUUCGAAAGUGAAAAUUCAAACCAUUUUUUUUUUGUAAAAAUGCUAUUGAUUUUGAAAUACUCGACUAUAAACUCAUAAGACAUUUAUUUUGAAUCUUUUUUUAAUAUUAAUUUGUUUUUUGAUGCAUUAUUUAUAAAUACAUACUUAUUUAUUUUUUUAUAAUAAUUUUAUAACGCCGUUCGAUAUACCAUAUGACUAAGCAAGUGAUAGUAUUUUAUAUUAGAAUAUGUAUAAUUUAUAAAUAAUUUGAAAUAAAAAUAAACUUUUACACCAUUCUCCAA